CGCUGCCCAGAAGCGGCGGCAGCCAAUGAGAGCGCGCGGCGCUGCCGAGCCCGCCCUGCUCCGGACUGGCGCUCCCAGCGCAGCGCGGCUGCUUUGGGGCUGCUGCUCCCUGCCCGGCCCCGGCCAUGGGGCGAGGGGCGGCAGCUGGGGCCCUGCUGGUGGCACUGGUGGUGCUGGGAGCCCCCCCGGCUGCGGGCGCGGAGCUCUCGGGGGUGUUCCAGGAGAUGAGAACGAGAGAGUGUCACUUCAUUAAUGGUACGGAGAAGGUGAGGUUUGUGAGGAGGUACAUCUACAACCGGAAGCAGUACAUGAUGUUCGACAGCGACGUGGGGGUGUUCGUGGGGGACACCCCCUAUGGGGAGACACAGGCUCGGUGCUGCAACGGAAUCCCGGAAAUACUGGAGGAUAAUCGGGCUGCGGUGGACACGUUCUGCCGGGCCGGCUACGAGCUUGCUGCCCCGUUCCUCACGGGGCACCGAGGUGAGCGCGGGGCAGAGCGUGUCCCCUCGGGCCCUGCCCUGCCAAUGACCCUGGAGCGCCUCAAAACGUCUCUGAGAAUCAGCCCAGAGCCCUCAGCCCUCCUUCGGAACAACCCCGGGGCCUCCUGUCCCACUCAGUGUCCCCCGUGGCUCUCCCAGUCCGUCCCAGUCCAUCCCUGUGCCUGCCCGGCGUGUCCAUCCCGGUUGUCCGUGUAGCCGGCUCCUUUCAGCCAAUGAAAGGGCGUCUCACUGAUGACUCAUCGGUUGCCAUGCAGAGUCCCUGGCGCUGAAAUCCCGAAGGCCCCGCGCUGGACUCGGCCUCCCAGUGCCGCGCACUUCAUUCCCAGUUAAUUCCAGGGCCACCAAAAUCCCUCCGAGUGCCAUCCUAGUCGCUCUCAGUACUUCCAAAGUCCCUCCCUCCUCUUCUCGGCCUAUUCCCAAUCCAUUCCAAAUUAAUUCCCAGUUCAUUCUCCGUUCAAGCCCGGACGUCCAACAUCCUUCCCAGUGUGCCCCACUGUCCGGUUUAUCUCGGCUGUUUGAGGGGCCUGGAAAGGCCAGGGGUGGCCUUGGGGCAGCCCGCGUAUCGAAGGACGAGAAGAGGCUUCAGUUCUUCUUUCGGUUUUUAUGUUUAUUAAUUGUUUAUCUAAAAGAUGUUCUUUCAGCCACCAGAGAUCUGCUCAGCAGUCAGCCAUGGGCACACUGUCUGCCCUCCCGGGCAGCCACGUAUCUUUAUACCCUUUGUUACGUGUACAAUAUUUAUCAUUUUUCCCCAAUACCAUCUAUUCUUAUAACUCGGUGUACUCUCAGUAAUAACCAAUCCAAAGGUGCCACCGUGGCCAAAGAAGAUGGAGGAGAAGAGGAAGAAGAAGGAGGACAGGACACACCCCAAUUCCUCCAUCUUACUCCUCCAAACCCCCCUGUACAUAAAUCCUAAACCCUGUUUCUCACCCUCUAAUUAGCUAAUCUUUUCACCAUUCACCCGGUGAAGCCCUCAUCCUUGUCGUCUCCUGUGUAGGGUUAAAGUCCAGCUACCAGACACUUCUGGCAACAUUCCAGGACUCCCGAGCCCCCCAAGGUGGUCCCGGAGGCUCAGCAUCUCAGGACUGAGAUCUCGAGAUCCGACAUCUCCCCCUUCUGUUUGCACCAAGAGACCCUCUUUUACAAUCCGAUUCAUGGCAUCUGGGACGACAUGGAUGAGGACUAGGAGAACUAUUACAACAUAAAACCUUAAACUAUUAAAACAUAAAAUCCUACCCUUAAAAUUCUUCUCCAAAUGGGAGAAAUGUCAAAAUCCUACCCUUAAAAUUCCUCUCCAAAUGGGAGAGAUGUCAAAGAAAUCUACCAGCUGAUCAAUAUAUGAUCCUUUGUCAGUUUUCCCUGUAAUAGGUAAAUUUACCCCAUUGCCUAUUGCAAUUCAAGACCCCAAGGAGAAAACCCCCCAGAGUCUUUGGUCCUUAUACAGAAAUAUUCAAGACCCCAAAGAGAAAACCCCCCAGAGUCUUUCCGU